CCAGUCAGGACGUCUUGGACGGCGCUCGGGCCCGAUGUGGAAGCGGACCGAGGGGAGCCGAGGAGACACGGGAGGGAUGCUGCCGCGGAGAGUUUGUUAGAUAUAUAUAUAUAUAUUUCUUUUUUUUUUUUUCUUCUUUUUUUUUUGCCGGGGGGUGGGCGUGUGGGGGGAUGAAAAGUCCAAGAAGCGCUCAGAGCAGACAGGAGCGGAGUGAACGCAGACACACCGGCCGGUGUGUGGACGCAGCGCGCAGACGCACUUGGACGGAGCCGCGGGCAGGACGGCUCCUCGCGCCCCCAGCCGCACCGGGGACCUGAGAGGGCACCAUGGUCGUGUCGCUGCGGAGCUGGGUGGCCAACGAGGGAGGGAAGCAUUUCAUCCUGAUGCUGUGGUUGGCAGCUAACACCUGGCUGUUCCUAAGGACCUUCCUGCUCUAUUCCACUGGACAGCAGUAUCACUACCUCUACAAGAUGCUCGGGCUCGGUCUGUGCAUCAGCAGGGCGUCUGCGUCUGUGCUGAACCUGAACUGCAGCUUGGUGCUGUUGCCCAUGUGCCGCUCCCUGCUCACGUUUGUCCGAGGAUCACACACGGUAUGGAGCAGGAAGACGCGCAGACUGCUGGACAAGAGCAAGACCUUUCAUGUGGCCUGUGGAGUCACCAUCUGCAUCUUCUCUGUUGUGCAUGUGUCGGCCCACUUGGUGAAUGUCAUGAACUUCAGCGUGAGCUACUCGGACGACUUUCCCGCGCUGAAUUUUGCUCGAUACAGAGGAGAGGAUCCCAAGCUGAUCAUUUUAACCACAAUACCUGGAGUCACGGGCGUCCUGUUGGUUCUCAUCCUCUUCCUGAUGUUCACAUCCUCCUCCUACUGCGUACGGGUAUCCAACUAUGAGAUUUUCUGGUACACCCACAACCUCUUCAUUGUCUUCUACGUCAUCCUCAUGGUGCACAUGGUCGGUGGAGCUCUGAAGUAUCAGACCAACAUCGAGGCUCACCCUCCUGGCUGCCUCAGAGCCAAUCAGAGCAACACAGAGCGGCACGACGAGGAGCUGGACCAGGGUGAGGAUGAAGAGAGGAGGUGCAGAGAGGAGGCUCACUUCCAACCGCACUACCCCCAGACGUGGCUUUGGGUGUCCGGUCCUCUCUGUCUCUACUGUGCGGAGCGUUUCUACCGCUACAUGAGGAGCAGUGACCCCGUUACCGUAGUGACAGUCAUCAGGCAUCCCUGUGACGUUAUUGAGUUGCGCAUGCUGAAGACGAACUUCACAGCUCGUCCUGGACAGUAUAUUCUUCUUAACUGUCCAGGUGUCUCUUCAUUUGAGAACCAUCCCUUCACACUAACCACGUGUCCCACAGAGAACAAGAAAACUUUUGGCGUCCAUCUCCGAGUCGUGGGAGACUGGACUGAGCGGUUCACACGGUUGUUGCUUCCUCAACCGAGGGCAGACAUUGAGAUCCUUCCCAUGGUGCAACAGAGGAGAUACCCCAAGCUUUACGUGGAUGGCCCAUUUGGAAGUCCAUCGGAGGAAGUGUUUAACUACGACGUCAGUCUGUGUGUUGCUGGUGGAAUAGGAGUCACGCCGUUUGCCUGUGUGCUGCGUGCUCUGCUUGAUGGUUGGGCGGGUUUCAGGUUGCAGAGGUUGUAUUUUGUUUGGGUCUGCAGAGAGCUCCAGUCCUUCUACUGGUUUGCUGAGCUGCUGUGUGCCCUUCAUCACAAGCUUUGGCAGGAAAACAGACCAGACUUCUUCAAUCUGAAGCUGUACGUCAGUCGGACAGACAGUCUGCAGAGCAUGAAUGAGGAGAAGUACCGCCCCCUCACCUCAAGGCUGCUUGUUGGACGACCCAGGUGGAAGUUACUGUUCGAUGAGAUUGGGAAGACCAAUGAGCAUAAGAGAGUUGGGGUUUUCUGUUGUGGACCGAGGGGCAUCUCCAGGACUCUCCACAGAUUGUGUAACUCAACACGAUCCUCUGGAACAAUCUUUGAGUUCAACAAGGAGUCCUUCAGCUGAUCCAACAUGAACCUAAACUUUGGGAUGGAUGGAUUUUCAUAUAUUUUGGGCCAAAUUAUGUUUUGUUUUUUUCAAAGUAAAUUUCUGAAGACCAUAUUUGUGAUUUCAAAUUUCGGACAUGUAUAAAAUGUCAUAUGUCCUCUGAAGUCGAUGAAACUGGUCAAAAACAAACAAACAAAUUAGAAAACAACAUUUAUAUCUCAUAUGUCUCCCUGCCCAUGGUCACAAAAGGCCCAGCAGGACAAGACCUGCACAAAUAAGCUGAUCUUAGAAUCUGGACAGAAAAAAAGCUAUCUUAUGUGUUUCAGGUUUUAGAAAGUGAUAACAGACAACCUCCACGAGAACAUACGGGACUUUAGCUGUUUCUAAGUGGGUCAGCACUGACUCUGUGUCCCGCUCAUGGGAGCAGGACUUGUGGUAUCACAGCUGGGAGACAGAGCCAAGUAUCCGAUUAGUGUUGAAGACUGUCGCUCGUCAGGAUCUGAGGGACGACGGAGGGACGUGGAACCUAAAUAGACAAGCAGUGGACACUUGGUAAAGUUUGAUUUCAUCCCGAUGUUUCCACAAGAUUUGCUGUUGUACAAACGCAAAACCUGCACAACUUCACCUCAAGCCAGUCAUUUUAGUUGUUUUUCAAAAGUAUUUAUAUUUCUUAAAGUUGUUUUUUUAUGUUAAGUGAAAACCUGUAUGGCUUUGUCAAUUUGUCACUAAAUUGUUUCACAUAUCUCCAGGGAGUCAAAUUAUUGGUAAAAAGAAAUGAGGAUGCCAUUUCCAGUUGGAAGAUUGACAGUACAUUUAAGUAGCUUGUCAUGUUUUAGGGCCAGCUAAAAGCCCAAACUGGAAACACCUGGUUUCAGCAAAGUAUCGACCUCUUCAUAUAUAUGAUUUUGUGACUGAAAAUAAAAUCCUCUCAAAACGUAAUUAGCUAUCACAGCUCCCAUAUUUAGCAUUUUAAAUGUAAUUCAAUUUUAAAUUUUAUGUCUAUUUGCAGGAUUUUCCUCUUAUUUCAAGAACAAGCCAAAAUCUAAAACUAUUUAUUACAUCUUGAUUUUUUGUAUGUAGUAAAUAAAUAAAUUACCACUUUU